AUGAAUAAAACUAUUUUUUUGUUUCUUUUUAUUUCAACUCUUUUUCAAACAAUUCAUAACUGUAAAUGUAGAUAUGAGAAAACAAAAGAUUCAAUGUGUAAAGCGGAUUUUAUUUCAUAUGUACAUGUAAAAGGUGUUACUCGUCUAAAAGAUUCUUUUGGUAAACCUUUAGCACAAAGUACGCGUGGAAUUAGGUAUUAUGUAGAUCAUUUGAAAAUUUAUAAAAAGCCACGCGGGAUGAGACUUUCACAUCAUAUUUAUACAGCUUCUACUUCUGCAUCAUGUGGGAUUUCAGACUUGAAAAAAGGUUAUAAAAUUUAUCUUAUGGGACAAAUAGAUAAAUCAAAAAAAUUAUCAAUAAGUAUAUGUUACAGCGUAAACUUUAAUUCAAUGAUAAAAGGUAAAAUUUCACAGAAUGAUAUUAAAAUGUUAAAAAAGAAAAGUUACGAACCAUGCAAAUAA